AUAUGUCCAACAUCUCGAAACAAGUUAAAAUCAGAAAUUUAUGAAACAAGAAAACAAUUAAUAAGUGCUUUAAUAAAUUUAAUUAAUUAGUUGUUUUAUUACCAGAACUUGAGUUAUUACGUUGAAAUUCAAUAAUUUAUGCAAAAAUGGCAGACCGUUUGACUCAAUUACAAGACACAAUUAAUCAGCAAGCAGAGUACUUUUGCAACAGUAUUGGUGUCUUACAACAAUUCUCGACUCCAAGCAAAUUCCCUGGUUUUGAUCGCAGCGGUUCACAAACCCCACAGCAACAACAGAGUCAAGAAGACUAUGCUGUUCUAUUUGCAACAUUGAUCUCACGUUGUGCUAAAGAUAUUGACACUCUUAUUGAAUCACUUCCAAGUGAAGAAAGUUCAACAGAACUACAGGUUCAAAGUUUGAGGCGUUUAGAGGCUGAGAAUAAAGAAGCUGCAGAACAAUUAGAAGAGGUAGUCCGCCAAGGAGAAAUAUUGUUAGAAAAAAUUCAAGGUGCUCUUAGUGAUAUUGCCCAAUGUCAACUGGAUAUGCAGAAUCCAGCACAAAUUUUAGAGAAGGACUCAAAACCUCAGUUAUAGGAGAUAAAUUAUGACGGAUGGUACCGUCAAUGAUAAAAAUACCAUUUUGUUAUGAUAAAAGUAACACUCAAUUUAACAAAUACAUUUUUAAAAUAGAAAAAUAAAUAUUUUUAGGCAUUUAUAAACAGUAUUCCAUGAGGUCUUAAACAAUUAAGUUUGUUGGUUGAGUUAAA